CAACGGAACACAACCUGUGCUGACAACAAGCUGAAAAAGUUACUUCACUAUAUAUUUAUAAUAAUAUAUAAAUCAUUUAAAUUAAUAUAUGUUUAGGCUUAACCAACUGUUAGGAAUUUUCCGCGUAAAAGAUGAAAAAACGAGUUGAAAAAUACUUAAAGGAGAAAGCGGACAAGGUGGAUUCUGUGACUGACGAAGAACCACCUAAAACCGCAGAUGAUUACCAGUGUUCAGGAAAUCUGGAGCAGGACUUCACCAAACUGUGUAAACUCAUGGCUGUGAAAGACAUCCCUUCUGUGAAGAUAAAGCAGUCAACAUCUACAAAUAGAGGAGUUAUGGAAGACAAUCAAUUUCAGACAUCCUUAAGUCAAUUGACAACAUGGUCCUCUAAGCCUUGUCUUCGGAUAGAGCUGGAGAACGAAGACCACAGCUGUGUAAAGGAAGUCAAAAUAUCUGGAUGGAAGAUGGAUGAGGUGGUGCUUCAGGUGUUGAGCAGGAUAUUGCCGUCCCUCAGUAACUUACAGUGCUUACACAUGUGGCGUGUAGGCCUGAUGGAUUACACUUUCACCUCCAUGAGAAACACAGUGUCUUUGUGCUCAAAUCUUAGGAAAGUGGUUUUGGAGGGCAAUCCACUCCCUAAGCAGAGUUACCACUUACUCAUAGCGGAAGACAGCAUGUUGACGGACUUAUCACUACGUAAUAAUCAUAUAGGAGAGGAAGGAGCUUGUCUGAUUGGCUCGGCUCUGUCCACUGUACACUCUGCCAACAAAAACCUCCUGUCCCUCAACCUAGCCUUUAAUAGUAUUGGUGAUGCAGGUGCAAUUCACAUUUCUCAGGGUCUACGUCUCAACCGUUCCUUGCUGUGUCUGUCAUUAUCCUACAAUCAAAUAGGGGAUAAUGGAGCAGCUCAUUUGGCUGAGGUGCUUGGCCCCUUUGCUCUAACACAUGGGGAGAUAGUUGAGAGGAGGAAGCUGUUACUUAAAGGUGAAGAAUCAACAAUGAUCCAGCCAUCUCUGGUUAGUCUUGCAGACUCACAUGAGCGACCUCUUUCCGUCCGCAGCAGCUCUUCAUUGGAUCGCCUCAACAAGAGUACAAAGAACCCCACCAAAAAGAAGGACAAUGCUAAGAAAGAGGAGAAACCAGCAGCAGGUCAGGCAACAAAAAAAGAGGAGCCAAAGGUGGCCAAGAAAGAUAAUAAAUUUCCCCGUGUUCAAGCUGGAAAAUUAGCAGGCAAAGACAACAUUCUGCUAGUAUCUGAACAAGAGAGAGUGGACGUGGUUGAGACAGUGAUUCCUCUAUUGGAUCCUGGAAUCGUAUACACUGGAGGGAACGUCAUUCAUCCGGGAAACACAUGCCUUACUUCUCUGAAUCUCUCAGGAAAUAAAUUGUCUGAGCAGUCACUCAGGGUGUUCCUGUCAUCUCUGGAAGGCCAGGGUGAAGGUGGUCUUCUGCGUCUUUCUCUCAAUAGGAAUCAGUUUCCUUCAGAUUGUGACACCUUCCUUAAGAUACAGGAAAUUAUGUCCUUCAGGGACCCUCUUAAGAAAAACCUCUCUGGUCAGGUGGAUGAUGAACAUGGUGAACCCAAGACCACCAAUGAAGCCUAACAGAAUGACUAGGGUUUAAUAUUUGCAAUUUAUAUGAAAGAUUAAUAUAUGCAUUUACUGCCUCAGCUCAACCAAUAUUUCAUGCUUUCAUAGGUCUGUAACUUUUUUAUCUUUUCAGUAUUGUUAUUUUUUUUAUUCACUGGCAUUAUAUGUGGAGCAAACAAAGUUAGUGACAAUGGGUUACAUAUUAGUUUUGAUU